GGCCGUGACGCUACGUAUGCACUCUCGUUUCUCUCGAUGCAUCUUCUUCCCCCUCGUCAUGGUCUAUUCAAUGUGCGGAUCGAAAUUUUAAACCUCGCGAGCGUACCCCUGGUUUCUGGCGAAUUUGGCGUACGAUGGAAGUUCAAGAAUACCCACAAAAUCAAAGGGAAAACCAAGAAGCUGUUGGAGAGCGAUGAACAUGACGGAGAUGGGGAUAGUUUUGGGAGUGCAGAGACAAGUGCCGAAGACCCUGGGCCUGCUCCUGAGCCUCAAAUCAGCUCUUCUGCUCGUGGCCAAACCCAAUGGCUUCCUCUCCGGGACCAUUCCGUGACCUGGAACCAGCAGCUAGCAACCGUUGUUCAAAUGUCCAUCGAUCGCGACACACACCAGCUGCUUCCACAUCAUUUCAAGCUCACCGUACUCCAGAGGGUCAUUGCUCAUGACCCAGACGCUCCCCACAGACCCCGUCUUGGUGUCGUGGAGCUGGAUUUGGCUGAAUACGCUGACAGUCAGCCCCUUCCUCCCGGUUGUUCUGCUAAAGGCUUGGUCACUCGCCGUUAUCUACUCCGUGACAGCAAAACCAAUGCAACCCUUCGUCUAGCUAUCCACGUAGAGCCAAUCAACACAGCUACAUCCUACGUUGCACCACCUCUUCCUAAUGGGGAGAUUCUCGCUGGCGUAUCAACUUUGUUGACAACGCAUGACGACGUCUACCGUACUCGGCCUCGCGCACUUGAUCUUUAUGCACCUUUGGGUGCUUCUGCGUCAAGUAGUAGAAGCUCCCUCCAGAGCAAAGUUAGCUUGCGUAGUGAGCGACAGUCUUUCGAUCUCCACUCACUUCCACGAGCGUAUGGACCGGGGCCAACCGAAUCGCUUAUAGAAGCGCUGUUCAAUCCUGCGCCAGUUAAAGACCAGCAUCUUAUCAGCCCAUUCACUAAACUGGUCAGAACAGAAUCAGGCAGUUCACUCCCCUCGUCUCCUUCAUUUUCCACAAGCACAACAAGGUCUUCGCCUCGUCCUAGCUUGUCAAACGACUCUGCAACGAAUAGUAGCCAUCAUCAUUCUCCUAGUAUAACCUCGAGUCUUCCUAGCGCUCUCAACAGUGGGGGUCACCAUUGGUGGCAACGCAAUAGGGAUCAUCCUCCCAGUCGUAGUGCGAGUCGCGCUGGUGCUGUUGCUGCGUAG